GCCGCCGCCGCCCGAGCCCCGGAGGAGAGGACGUUGGGGCGGCCGGGCCUCCGCCUGCAGCCGCGGUGACGAGCCGGCGUCGGCGGGCGCGAUGAACCGCGCUGGCAGCAGCGCGGCGGCCUCGGCCAACUACCUGCUCUGCACCAACUGCCGGAAAGUGCUGCGGAAGGAUAAAAGAAUUAGAGUGUCUCAACCCCUAACAAGAGGACCAAGUGCCUUUAUCCCAGAGAAGGAAGUUGUCCAAGCAAACACGGUGGAUGAACGGACGAACUUUCUUGUGGAAGAGUACUCUACCUCUGGCCGCCUGGACAACAUCACACAGGUGAUGAGCUUGCACACUCAGUACCUGGAGUCUUUCCUACGGAGUCAGUUCUACAUGCUGCGCAUGGACGGCCCCCUCCCCCUCCCAGACAGGCACUACAUCGCCAUCAUGGCUGCAGCCAGACACCAGUGUUCCUACCUAAUAAAUAUGCAUGUGGAUGAAUUUUUAAAGACUGGAGGGAUUGCUGAGUGGCUCAAUGGCUUGGAAUAUGUACCACAACGACUGAGAAAUCUUAAUGAAAUUAAUAAGCUGCUGGCACACCGGCCCUGGCUGAUCACGAAAGAGCACAUUCAGAAACUUGUCAGGACUGGAGAGAAUAACUGGUCGCUGCCUGAGCUGGUGCACGCCGUGGUCCUCUUGGCUCACUACCAUGCCCUGGCCAGCUUUGUCUUCGGCAGUGGCAUUAACCCAGAGACAGGGCCGGGACUCUCCAACGGGUUCAGACUAAUCUCGGUGAACAGCUUCUGCGUCUGUGAUCUGACCAACGACAACAGCAUUGAGAACGCAUCCCUGGCGGGCAGCAACUUCGGGAUUGUGGAUUCACUAGGUGAGCUGGAAGCCUUAAUGGAAAGGAUGAAAAGGCUUCAGGAGGACAGGGGGGAUGAAGAGACGACUCGGGAAGAAAUGACCACGCGUUUUGAGAAGGAAAAGAAAGAAAGUCUCUUUGUGGUCCCUGGAGAGACUUUCCAUUCAUUUCCUCCCUCAGAUUUUGAAGAUGACACUAUCAUAACAGCUGACGUCUCUCGAUACAUCGAAGACCCAGGUUUUGGGUAUGAGGACUUUGCCAGGCGAGGAGAAGAGCAUUUGCCAACAUUCCGAGCCCAGGACUAUACCUGGGAAAACCAUGGGUUCUCACUGGUGAACAGGCUCUACUCUGACAUCGGGCAUCUGCUGGAUGAGAAGUUUCGAAUGGUCUACAAUCUCACCUACAACACAAUGGCCACCCACGAGGACGUCGACACGACCACGCUACGCAGAGCUUUGUUCAACUACGUUCACUGUAUGUUUGGGAUCAGGUAUGACGACUAUGAUUAUGGGGAGGUUAACCAGUUACUUGAACGGAGCCUGAAGGUUUACAUCAAGACAGUGACCUGCUACCCUGAAAGAACCACAAAGCGCAUGUAUGACAGCUAUUGGCGACAGUUCACGCACUCAGAGAAGGUCCACGUGAAUCUGCUUCUGAUGGAAGCUCGGAUGCAGGCUGAGCUGCUUUACGCCCUGCGUGCCAUAACUCGGCACCUGACCUGAAGCGCCUCCAGGAGCGUGCCGGCAUGUGUCAGGGCCUCGCACACAGGACUCAUAUCAGAACUUGUUUGUGAUGCAACCUCAGCAGUUAUUCAGUUCCUUAGUGUCAAAGUUUAGCUGUCGGGGUUCUUUGUUUUUGUUUUGUUUUGUUAGUGUUGUUAGGGUUUAUUGGGGGGGGUUGUUUGUUUGUUUGGUUGGUUUUUUUCUGGCUGUAAUGUGCAAUGGUGUGUUUUAUAUUUCUCGAUGCUUAACAUUGCUAACAAUUGCAGAAGUAACUCUGAUGAGCACUACUUUACAUUGCUGAGAGUUGGAUUUUGAAUCUGACCAUAAAUCAUGAACUGGUUUGUUAAUGCUUC